AUGCGUGGCGGUGGAAGUGAUGGGAAUGCACUCCUUUCAGGUUUACAACAGUUGCUGAGCCAACAUGCAAAAGACACCAAGAAGCCCAAGGUCCAUGCUGAGGACAACACACGUUUGCUCAACGACUUGAAGAAGUUAGUUCACCAUCCUCCAGACAACCUCAUGGAGGCAUUGCAGAAGAUUGUGACGAAACAUUCCCAGACAGCUACAAGUUCCAGAUCUGAGGCCAGCAGAUGGCGUUGUCCAAAACCAAAGCCUCCAGAUCAUGAUGCUAGACUAGUGCCACAGGCCAAGAACAGAUGGAAUACCGGCUCAUGGAUUGAAGUUCGUUGGAAGCUCCGCCGUGCUGAUUGGGAAGACGGUGGACAAACCUUCACCUUCAUCGAUGAUAUUGCGGCACUUUCAUCCUUCUUGGACAGCGAUCCUACAGCAAGAGCUUUAUUCCAUUGCACCAAUCCAGACGAUGUUGAAGAAGCGGUCCAACUACUUCUUGGCCAGCCAGGCCACAAGGUCACCAUCGUGCUGGAUGGCAAGGAAAUCCCUGAGAGCAUUUUGGAUGAGGAUGGGGUUUGGACUCACAACAGAUGUCCUGGCACCAUCUCAGGCAAGCUCACCACACGUCAGAUCAGAUGCCGUUUGACGCAGGAGAGUCCAUGCCUCAAGGAAGUGCAAACUGUCAAGAUCAACAAGCCGCAAAGCGACAAGAAAGACAGCUCAUGGGUGUUGAGAUUCAAUGCCGACUGGUAUACCACUGCAACAGAGGAAGCUUGGGAAAGCAUCAUCCAAAAGCCAGGCAGCCAAAUCCGACAAUGGAUUGCUGAGCUGAACCAUGACUUUGUUGCAGCGCUGGGGCCCACUUGGAAAUGUGAACUGCACCCUGACCAUAGAGUGCAGGGAUACAUCCGAGUAUACAACCAUGACAUUGCGCAAAGAAUUUGCAAGCUUAGUGGAGCACAAGCAGAUGAUAUGCGAUUCUUCAUCUGCCCGGUGAUCAAAGAAGAGUUCAAGGACCUGCCCCAACAUGUGGCAUGGCAAACGUGGAAAGAAGACGAAGAAUGGGAGGACUAUGUGGCAAGAGUUGCAUUGAAUAUGCCACACGGUCUCAUUCGUGGUAGACAUCAGCUUGGACAUCGUGUCAAUGAGGCCCCUGUUGACAAGAAAGGGCCCACUGCAUGGGUCCUGCAGAACGUUCCGUUCAAAAUUACACCGCAGGAAGUCAUUGACAUCCUGAAGGGCGUGGGCUUUACCGACCCAGAAAUCGUCAACGCUACGCCCAGGAAAGGAAAAAAGCUAUGGACCUUCAGAGCCACUCGAAACGACCAUGAGGGCCUGGUGCAAAGCCGCAUCACCUGGGACGAACAAGAAGAUUCUUUGGAUAUUGUUGCCAUCAAGCAAGCCAUGAAACGUGGUUACUGCCAAGAACCCCAGAAGCUCAACAAAGAACGCAGAAUUGACUACCAACCGCGGCAGCAGCCGAUCUACUCAGAACUAAAACCAAAAGAAGCAAAGAGAAAACAACCAGGCAAAGCCGAAACCCAACCAAAGCCCACAAAAGGCCAGAAAACGGUUGGAAAAGAAACUCAAGAACAACCAGCGGCUCCAGUCAACAACACCAACCAGAACGCUGCGGACAACAGGGGACGCAGCCGCAGUCGAGAAAAGCCAAAGCAAGCGACACAGCAACCACAACCAAUGGAUACAACUUCCGCCACUGACUUGAAAGGACAGGUUGUCCCUAAUGCAGGCCAAGGCAACUGUUUUUACCAUGCUGUGGAACAAGCUCUGAACAGUGACAUGGGCAUCAAUGACCGCAAAAGAAGUCAUCGCCAAAUCCGUGCUUGGCUAGUUUCCUACAUCAGCAACAAAAGAGACAUUGUUGAACCAGGUUGGGAUGGCAAGAACGCCAAGGGCCAGGCUGAUCUAUCUUCCUUUGAUGAAUACCUCCAAGAAGCCCAACAGAUCGGCACAUGGAGUACGACAUUGGAAGUCAAAGCAGCAGCGCUCGGUCUCAAAAAGCGGAUCUAUGUAGAGGAUGAAGGACAGGUCAAUCUUUUCAACGAGGCUGGCACGGAUGGAUAUUUGGCUAUCAAAUACACCCAUGAAAGCCAUCACUUUGAAUGGAUCAAGGACACUGAUGAGCAGCAACUACUCCAGAUAUCUAGGCUCCGGGUCAAAGACAGAGAAUACAGAGCUGGCGCAAAAUCUUGUGCCACACCAGUUCUCUCCGAUUUUGGAUCUGGUGGCCACACACCAUCAAUCCGACUCAGUGGCUUUGCAAGUGAUCGCACUUCAGGUUACAAAUCUCCACCUACAACGUUGAGAUCAACGGGUAGCAAGCGAGAACGUGAACCCUCACCAUCAAGUCAUGAACCCCCUCCAAAUGGUAGUUACCAAUGGGUUUGUGACGCGUGCAAACGCACCAUUGUUGGCAAGAGCAUUAGGCAUCUCUCUUCACUUCGGGAUGCACACCGACGACAACAGCACCCAAAGAUAUGCCGGAAGAGAUUUCACACCAUCCGGAAUAUCUACACAGCAGUGCUGCCCAUCACCAAGCCUACGCCUCAAUUCGAAUGGCAAUGUGCCUUGUGUGACAAGGGCCUACAACAACUCCCACCAGGAGCUAGAAGAUUGAGCAUCCGCACUCAUCUGAAGAGCUGCGCCUAUGCUCCUGCCCGAGCUACGGUCAAAAGCAAUAUGACCGAACUCCUGAGGAAAGCUGGUGCGCCCAUUGCGGUCCACAUGAAUGGAGGGGGCCGGCAUCACAUGUUGAAAUCGCAACUACGACUCAAGGCGUUGAAUAUGAAAUACAAACAACAAGGCCAUGACAUUGGCUGCAUUGCUAUGUUUUCGAAGUCGCGUAAUCAAUUUGUGUGCCGAGCUUGUUGGAAUUGGUGGCCUAGCCUAGGCAAGGUUGAAAAGCACAUCAUGAAACAUGCUUGUUUGGGCAGACCACGUCAGUUGCUUCAUUUGCAGACCACCCUCGCCAAGAGAUGGAGAGAUGAGACGCUUUCCAACAAACGGAAAUUGGCGCAGGCGCUCCGUUUCAGCAAUGAAGACAAACACCUGCUCAAAAAACAUGCCAAGGCCCCCAAAGGCAACAAACUUUUGAUGAGGGGCAAGCAGAACCCGGCAAAGGCCUGGAAAAGAGACUUGACCCGCGAAGGGAUUGAGCCCAACCCAGGUCCAGUCAGUCGGCUGCAAUGUGCUACAUGGAAUGCGCAGGGCAGAGACAAUUGCUAUAGACUCCUCGACAGCUUGCCAAGAAAGUUUGAUGUUGUCCACCUGCAGGAAGUGAACAUGGAUGACUUCAUGGUGCAACAGUUCGCCAAGUAUGCUUACAGCAAAGGCUACCGAUGCUGGUACACACUGGCCACUAGCAAGACGGACGCCUUGCACAGAGAACAUAUCAGAGGUGGAAUUAUCACUUUGGUUAAAGCCACACUGCGUGCCUCGCUGUAUCAGAUCCAUUCUUCAGAAGAAGGCCACUUUCUAGCAGUUAACAUUCAUUCCAACAUCUUUGUGAAUGUCUACCAGACUCAUGGAGGACUGCCACAAGGCCUCCGUGAAAGCUUGCAGGAAUUGAUCUGUAGCCUGCCUUUCAGAUGGCAGACUAUCCUUGCGGGAGAUUGGAACCAAACCCCUGAAGAGGCCAGAUAUGACCGAAGUUUUGACCUACAACUUCACUGUGUUCUUCAGGCGGAUGACCAUACUCCAGUGCCAAGUCGUUGGAAAGGGUCUCGUUGCAUUGAUUGGAUUUUGUGCUCCAAAGAUCUAUACAUUGCUACACGUCAAUAUGACGAUCUUGCUAUUAGUGACCACAAGAUUCUUUGCUAUGAUGUUGUAGCUGACUACUGCAAACACGACUGCAAACAGUUGGUCCCAACCAGAGUUUUAGUGCCUCAAUGCGUGGAUGCCGAGUGGAAGGCAUUGCUCAAGCAAGCAUGGGCAGCAGCUGCAGUGCCGCCUGCCACAGAUACUGAAACUGAAUGGGAAGCUUUCAACAAACUUGCUCAAGACUUCCAUGUCGAAACCAUGACACGGACUACAGGUUUCCAUCGACAACGCAAUUACAGAAACAAGGGUAGCAUGCCUUCCGUUCAAGUUGCAACAGGUCAGGUGGUGAGACAUUCCGGCACCUACCGAGGCCGCAAAUUGGCAAACUGCUUGGGUCGCUGCUACGAACUACAGAGACAACACCAAAGAGGCCAGCUCAACGACGGUCUCCGCACCAAAUGCCAAAGAACAUGGCCCCUCGAAGAACUAUGGCACCAUGACAUUGAAGUCAACAUACAUCGCCUGGAACAAGCUUUGUUGCACGAACACAACAGACAACGCACGCAGUCACUUCAGGCAUGGAAACAUAAGAUGACUCAAGGUGGCAAAUAUGCUACAUCUUGGCUGAAGCGGAACUUUACCCAUACUCCAGUGAGCAUCUACGUUGAGGACUUCGAUGGCACAGUCAAAUACACACGUGAUCCCCAAGAAGCUAUUGGAGAAGUUCAAAAACACUGGGAACAGGUAUGGAACCGCAGAUUGCCUGACAUUGAUGAAGCCAUCAGACAAUGGGAAAACUGGAAUACCCCAGUUGCGCAUGAACACCAGGAUCUUGAGAGUAUGCUGACGGGAGAAAAACUUUUUCAAGAAGCUCAACGACUUAAAGGAUCCUCACCCGGCCCCUGCGGUUGGACCGGUGAUGAACUAGCUAGUUGGCCAGUUGCAGCGUGGAAUAUUUACGCUACUUUGGUGCAUCGUUGGAUUGGUCGUAACCAAUUUCCACAACUUUGGAAGCAUUGUAGACAGGUACAAGUGCCUAAACCUGGAGCUGAAACUCAUGGUGGUGCUUGGAAGCCUAAGGACUUGAGGCCUAUCAGUGUGUUCAGUGGCUUGUGGAGGGUGCUCACCUCCACCAUUGCCAGAGAUGCAUCCACACAGCAAUGGGCGAACCAAUACCUUCCUGAAGCCUGUCAUGGAGGUCUGAAGCAAAAGGACGUGUUUACUGCAAUUGCGUCACUUGACCAUGCGCAUACACACCUCAAAUUGCCUUUGGUUAGCUUGGACUACUCCAAAUGCUUUGAUCGUGUACACCCAGAACUUGCAAUCCGGGCUAUGAAUUCAGCGGGCCUUCCAACAUCGCUUGCUGACAUGCUGAGACACGUAUGGUGUGACCAAUAUCGAUGGUUGCAAUAUGGCAGCAGCACAUCACUAUCACCAGCUAGAACCGGCAGCAGUCUACCACAAGGAGAUGGACUAUGCCCAAUGGCUCUCACGAUUCUGCUGGCGUCGCCUGCCAAGGCUAUGCAACAUCAAUUUGGAGCCACACCUUUCAAACAAACGAUUUAUCUGGAUGACAGGAACUUUGUCGCAUUGCCGGCAUCUAUCCCACGAAUCUUACAUGAAUGGGACAUGUGGUCCAGAUAUUUUGGAUUACAAGAAAACCAUGCCAAGAUGAAAGUUGUUUGCCGCACCAAGGAACAACAGGACUCUUUGCUCUCCCGGGGCAUUCCUCUACAGGCAUUUGCAGAUCAAGCUCGAGUUCUGGGGGUUGACUUCUGCCGCGAUGCUGCCACGGCCCACAGAGAGACAGCUCAGCAAAGAUUGGAAUCUGCAUAUGCGAUUGCCUCACGGAUCACGGCACUCAAGAAUGCAGACUUGAGGCGUGAUGCAGACAUUCUGGCCCACUCUGAAUAUGAUGAGACCUUGAUCGCCUUGGCUCGUCAGCAGUUCAGUGAACAUGGAAGUCAUGCCAAAGCAAUCAUGAUUGGGCUUGAGAUCUUUCAAGAAGGACAGUUGAUUGACUCUGUGCUGGAUGUGGUCCGAAAAGAAACUGAGGGUUGUGAUUGCUUACAGGGAUUCCAACUUUGCCACUCUCUUGGCGGCGGCACUGGUGCUGGCAUGGGAACGCUGUUGAUCUCCAAAGUGCGCGAGGAAUAUCCGGAUCGCAUCAUGGAAACAUUCUCCGUGAUUCCAUCUCCAAAGGUGUCCGACACAGUGGUGGAGCCCUACAAUGCAGUCUUGAGCUUUCACCAGUUGGUGGAGAACUCCGAUGAGUCCUUCUUGUUGGACAACGAAGCUUUGUAUGAUAUUUGCUUCGCACCAUUGACUUCCCGCGGUUCGCAGCAGUAUCGUGCCCUGACCGUUCCAGAGUUGACGCAGCAGAUGUUCGAUGCCAAGAACAUGAUGUGCGCAGCCGAUCCUCGCCACGGCCGCUACUUGACAGCGGCAGCCCUGUUCCGCGGCCGCAUGUCCACCAAGGAGGUUGACGAGCAAGCUCUAUUCGGUGGAGGCCCCCAGUCUGAUGACAUGGCGAGAGCGGGCCGAUCUUCGGUGCAGACUUCCACCCGAACCACGAUGAGCAGUGUGGCUGCUCCUGAACAUACACCUGGUGGCGGAAAUGUGGCGCCAGGAGUGAAAGAUUCGGACCCAGAUGUUGUGACCUCUGAUCCGCUGGAUGAAUGUGAUGUUGGUGCCUCCCAGUUGGAUUUUGUUCCAGAGACGCAGUGCCACACACACACAUGUGUAGAUUCCUCCCUAUGUGCAAAAGCCUUGAGAUCCAGCUCUCAUGUGAUUUUUGCUGCCAGAAAGUCCGGCCCUGUCCGUGUGCCGGCUGCUAGGGGCACCACUCUUAUGACACGUAGGUUUCCUUCCUUUUGGUUUCCUAUUCGAAAGGGUGGUCCUCGCUUUUGCCAAUUUGUGCCUCUUCCGGUAAAGUUGGACUAUCCUAAUCCUGUCUCCAACCUUUUGGGCGGCGGCAAGUCCAAGAAACGUCCUUCAGAUACUGUUGAUGAUCCUUUGCUCGGUGCUUUGACAGAGUUGGUAAAGCAGUUUGAACCGGAUGUUCUCUCCAAACCUGUUAAAAAGCAGCCUUCUAAGAACAAGCCUACUUUGCGUGAAGCUUUAACUCAAGUUUUGGCAAAGCCUUCCCCCGGUCGGAGUUUGCUAGACAAGUUGAAGUCCAUCAUUCGUGGAGCUGAGGGUGGCCACUACGCUGACGAAGGGCCCUCUCCCAAACCAAAUCCCAAAGCAGUGCCGGAAACCAAGGGCACGGCUGAACAAAAGGGACAACAACAGCCCAAGAAAUCCAUUUUGAAGCAGCCCAAGCCUCCCGUCGAAGCUUUAACGGAGAAGGCUUCCAAUGUGCAGGCCUUGUCAGAUUGUCACUUGCGUAGUGCAGACUGGCCAAAGGCUACCAUCAUGCGAGCUCAACCUGUGUUGUCCAAGCUUCGUCGGGGUGAAGCUCCAGAUGUUCGAGCAGUUGCGUGCAUCAUGUCAGAAAAUGAAGCUGAGGAAGCGAUUGCAUACUGGCUUCAGCAUAAACUGGGCGAAGGCACGACUUCGUCCCUUAGCAUUGUUGUGGGGGACCGGUCUCCUACAGUUGUCGCAUGGCAAUGCCCUGAAAAGCAAGGUCUCUCUACCAGCUCUCAGUGGUUGAGUUUCGUGCAAAAGGAACGCACUGUGAUGCGCACAGUCAAAGUUUUGCGUUUAGGUGCUGCUGAGGCUCCUCGCAAUCCAGUUGUGCAGAAGCUCGAUGGGGCAGUGCUUCCAACAAGGAGUAGUGACGUCCAGACCGUUCGUCUCACGGUUUUUGCCAAAUACACUGCUGAUAAGUUGACUAGCCAAUAUGCUGAUUCUCUUUUGAAACAGAUUUGGCCAGCAUCAAAGUCGGCCAGACAUUUUGCCAACUGGCGGGUUGAAAAGGACAAGAGUGGUGCAGUUUGUGCGUUGACCGCUUAUGUUUCCGGCACUCCCGCUGUGGUCAAUGGAUUGCUUGCUAAAUCUGGGACUUCUCCCUUGUUUGUCUCCAAGUUGGCCAAGCACAAAGUGAUCGAUGAGUCGUUGCACCCUUUCUGGAUUCCUAGGGCUGAGGGUUGCUCGGACUAUGAGUACUUGCAGCAAGCACGUGCCGAGCUCGAGAAGUUCAAGUGCACAACUGGUUUGAUGCAUCGCCUUGGCGGAGGUAAGGACCUGGGUUUCUUGCGUCCUACGGCUGAGGUUCAAGUCCUGGGUCAAGCUGGCAAGGCUUGGCGUUUUCGUGCCAAUGUCCGCCCAAGCAAAGAUACAUCGUUUGUCUACGAUUUGCUCCCUGAUGGAAUGCUCAAAAUCGUGCCACAGCCUCACAAGGCCGCUGCUCCCUUGGCCACAGGCAAAGCUCUUGGUCGACCUCGUGCUCCUUGGACAGUACCGCCUUUGGAAGUUGAAGGCGAAACUAGAGUCAUGGAAGUUGACGGUGGCAAGAGCAGUGCCGAGAGCAAGCAAGAAAAUGGAGCCAAACCUGUGCCCAAUCCCAAAAGGCAAAAGGUCCCAAAGGUCAGUCUUGACUUUGGUCAAGGCGCUUGCUUCGAAGAUGUCAGCUCACCCCUUCACGGUUGGACACUUGUUGAGGCAGGAGGAGCUGGAGCCUGCGGCUAUCGUUCUUUGAUUGCUGCCAGCAUUUUUGAUUCCAAAGCGGAUGCCAAGCUGAACAAAGAGGAUGUUUUCAAGCAGGCUGCUAGCUUGAGAGUGGCCACAGCUCAGCACUUCCGCAAAUGCGAGGGUCGCUUUCGACCAUCCUGGUCCAUCGAUCCUUCAAAUCUCGAUCAUUCCGGAGAAUCCUGGGAGGAGUACGUUGCUAAGGUUGAAGAUGAGUCCUUUUACAUGGAUGAACUUCAACUCAAGAGUGCCGCUGAGAAGCUCAAAAAGCAAGUCACUGUUAUCUACUUGGAUACAGCUGGUUCUUGGGCACGACGGGUUUUCAAUCCCCGCGCUGAGGGUCAACCUUUGGUGAUGCUCCUCAAGGACGAACAUUACAGGGUUGUGAAGCCGUCCAACAUUGGUUUCCCUCCUGAAUGGAACAAGAGUGCUGGUGGCACUUUCCCUCGCAUCGGUGGAGGAGGCAAAGCUGCUAGCGUGAAGUCUAAGGGAUCCGUGCGAACGUGGUCCACUUUCAAGAUUGGCCUCAAAGCCCAAAGUCGUGGAGGUAGCCGUGGUCUUCCAUCCAUUUCGGCUAAGUCUUGCAGUACUUUCAAGGUCAAUGUGACGUCCGCUUGUUCAGGGCGCAGCAAUCGACGCAGCCAGUUCUCAUCACAGCCUCCGGUACAGUCCUCCAAACCGGACACCCUGGGGCGGGUGCGAGACAACACAGCCGCAUUUUCUCCCAAUGAUGAUUGGUCAAAGGAUGCCGUUUUUCAGUGUCCCUGUGGAUGGAAAUUGGAUCCCGUCCCUGAUGUGAUUCCAAAAAAGCUUAAGUCGCAAAGGAUUCAUGCUUUCGUUUUGCAUUGGCAAGAGUGCCAACCAGGAAAACCUUUGCCGGUUUUAAGUGCUAAACAGCGACAGCAGAAGAUUCAAGACAUGGCCAACAAAGCUUCACUGGUCAGAGCCCGCAACGCCUGGUCCGCUUGGUGCAGCUUGCGCUCUACGUUGCCGCCAAAUGUUUUUGCUAAUCUUCAUGUCCUUGAAGAGACCCCAAUCAACAUUGAGAACAGAAAGCUGAGGGAGCCCCUUUUGAGAGCUUGCACUCGAUGUGAUGGUGUUUACACGUUGGCAGCUUGCCGCCAUUUGACUUGUCCUGCCACUCCAGCUCAUUUGAAGAUCUCCUGCAAAGAGCUGGAAGCUACUGUGAGAGAAUGCGAAGGUCGCCGCACUGCUCGUGCUGCUCAGAAUCCUGGGCCUCCUCGGUUUUCUCGUUCGUCCAAGCGGACUUCUGUUUCCAUUCUUUUGGCUAACAUGCAGGGUUUGGCUGGUGCCAAAUCUACUGGAAAAUGGCAAACUUUGUCUGACCGUGGUAACAUUUUGCAAGCUGACCUGGUGGCGAUCUCUGAAACUCAUCAUGCUCAGCGUCAAGCAGAUCGUUUUGCACGUGCUGCGGCAGGUGCCGGUUGGCCAGGUUAUUUUUGCAACCCAGGCACUGGCCGGGCUUUGGGGACUGCUAUUCUUGGGCCCAAGGUUUUGCGUGAAGAUCCUUUCGACUGGCCUGACUGUUUGCGUGGUCGUAUUUCUUCUUCCGUCCUGCCUUGUGGUACUAUGGAUAUUUUGGUCAUUUCCGUAUAUUUGCCUGUUGGCACUGGUGCGGCUCUCCAGCAACGAGAACAAUGCAUUUCUGCUAUCGCAAAUCGUAUUGCUUUGGCUGACCUUCCUUGUUUAGUGGCUGGUGAUUGGAAUUGCUCUCCUCAUUCUCCUGAGUUGGCUCCGCUGUCUUCUAUGUGUUCCUACGCGCAGGAGUUGGUUGGGGUCGAGUACAAGUCUACAAAGGAUCAUUGUAUUGACUUCUGUUUGGUGAAAAAUUUGACCGUCCAACUGGUGGCUGUUGAUUUACUCAUUUCAGAUCAUCGUGCAGUUUUUGUGCAGUGUCACUUGCCAUCUAAUCUGCAAUAUGAUGCUUUGCGUCGUUUUCCUAACCUUACUACGGAUGCUGGGGCUUGGCAAACGGCUUGGGAAACUACUUGGCCGUCUUGGGUCGCCUCGUGGGCCGAGGCUAAGCAGAACAAUGAUGUCGAGACUAUGUGGCGUGUCUGGUCAUCGGCUCUCGAACUUGCUGGUGGUAUUCAGUCCCCCCAGCGACAUUUUGGUACAGUGGUUGAAAAGAUUCGCCUUGUCUGGAAAGGACCAACAGGUUCGCGCAUGAAUUGUCGUCAGCGUCGUCUUCACCGUGUUUGGCGUCGGGCUCAUGAACAGAUUCUGCAAUUGGACAAAGGCAAUUUCAAUCCUCAAUCCUUUGAGCGGUUGCUUCGGGAUGUGCGCAGGCUUGAGCAAAUUGGUCUUUUGGAAUUUUCUGGUUCCUCUAGCACUUCGGAUUUGCAUGACAUUGAACGAGAGCUCACCCGGGCUAUUUCUGCAGCUAACAAAAGAAUUGUCGAGGACCGCUACGCACAGUGGGUCUCUCAAGCUAAAGCUCCCGGUAUGGCUAAGUUGUUUGAUUGUAUUGGUGGAAAGGUUCGUCCUGGUCUGCAAGCUGUUCUGGAUUCCAAUGGCUCUCCCACAGCUGAUCCUUCCACUUUGCAAAAGCAUGCGCAAGAUCAAUGGAAUCGAAAGAUUCACCCUGCUUUGGAGCCUGAGCGUCGGGCUGCAUACUUGAACCGUGUUUUGCCUUUCAUUUCUAUGGUGCAUGUCGAGACCUCGGUUGGUGAUCCUUUUUCCGUGGAGGAAUUUUGCAAUGCUGUUCGUGGCUGCCAGGGUACGGUUAUUUGCCACACUGGCAAGUGGCCCUCUGCCCUGCGCUUUCAAGAAGUCACUAUGAUUCCAAAGCGGCCUGGUUCUGGUGAUCUUCGCCCCAUCUCCGUAACAAGCAUCAUUACCCGUGCCUUCGAGAAGAUGGUGCUCGAACGAUACAAGUCAUGGGUGGUUCAGGUGCAACCUACUGAUGUUGUCGAUACUUUGCUGGCAGUUGAAGUCCUUGUGGCUGAUGCACAAUUGCAUGGGACUUCGCGCAUUUUCCGGCAGAGUGAUCUCAGCAAUUGCUUCACUCGUUUGGAUGUGGACAUUUGCAAACAGUUGGCUAUUGCUUUUGGCAUGCGGCCUGCACACGCCGCUAUGUUGUUUGAAAUCAAUCGUCGUCGGCCUGCCAUUGUCCGCGCUGGUGCAGCUGUGGGCGAGUGGCAGUUUCCAGACAGAGGCAUGGCCCAGGGUGACCCCAUUAGCCCUUUGGCUGCUGCUUUAGUUGCAGGGGCUCAUGCUCGUUGUCUGCGAGCUUGCGUUCCCGGCAUUGAAUUCCACACUUAUGUCGAUGACCGUACAUUGUCCUGCACUUGUCCUCGUCAGGCGCGAGAUGCUAUCACUCUUUUGAAUGAGUUGGACGAUUUGAGUGGUCAAGCCGAAGAUCCUGCUAAGGAAGAGUUUGCUGGCAUUAACCUUCAGGAUGAUUGGGAUACUGUUUGCCCUCGCGUCAACAAAGAUUUUCUGGAUCUCUUAGGCAUCCGCGUGCAUUUUUCCGAUGGUUCUUUUGGCAUUGCUCCCAAAGCUCAUGCUCGUUGGACUGAACUGGAAGCACGUUUGAAGCGUCUUCAGACGUUAUCGGGGGGCAUGCGUUUGAGUCGGGACCAAAUCGGCAUCGCUGUCAAGGCAACUUUGGGGCUUCUGCAAUGGGAUGCUGCUUGGCUGGUGGAUGUGCCAACUGGCUUGCGCAAAAUGACUACCUUAAUUGAAAAUGUUUUGCAGGGUCGCAGACGACAUGCUGCUUGGCGGCAUCGUGGCGCUGCAUGGUUGGUGCAGCAGCGUGGUUGGCAACUCGAUCCUCAGGCAAUCAUUUGGUGGUCGCAGUUUUUUCUAGCCAGGAAGGCUCGUUUCUCUUCCUGGCGUGCCGCACUGGAGCGAGCUUGGCAGAGCAGCGAUGGUUUUAUGGGUCGUUUCUGUUCAAGACUGCGAACUACUUACAUUUCACUUGGUUUGGGUAUCACUUCUUCUCCCUUCAUUUUUGAUCACCCAGCUGGUUUGUGUGACAUCGGUUUGGUGAGCAAUGCGACUUUGGGACACAUUUUGCGCCAAGGUUGGCGUGCUGCUGUCAUGAAACAAUGCGCCAACAACACUCGCCGUCAUGUUUGUGUGGACAUUCCGUCCAUUGACGUGGCCCCUUUGCAUUCCUUUCUGAAUGAAAAACACGAUGAUAACCCUGCUUUGAGUUGGAGGUGUGUCACGGCUGCUGAGCCAAAUUUGGAGCGGCUCGCCCAUGUCAUCAACGUGGAGAAGGGGUGCAGUUUCUGCCCUGGGAAUCCGGCAGCGUGUGCAAUUGCUUGGAUCUCCGGCUCAGCUGUGCGGACAUGGCAUCGCACACUCGGUGCUAUUGAAAGUUCCGUCAACGCAGCGGAACUGGUUGCAGGAAAGAAAGCUUUGUGGGACGAAUGGAUCAACAUCACUGCCGAUGAGCAGGUGCGCGUUUCUUGGGUGCCUUCUCAUGGCAAGUAUUUGCAUCUGAACAUUCCCCUCCUUUGGCGGGAGUUGAGUCAUCAUGCGGAUUUGGCUGCUGGUCGCUCGGCUGCUACCUUUUCUUCGGAGAGAAGUCAGUGGUGCCAUGGUCUUCGUUCUCGUCGACGUUUGGCCUUGCGCAUCUUGAGCUUCAAGCGAGCAUCCGUGUGCGAUAUCCCGCCAAAGGGCUUGAAGAUGGCCGUUGCCUUUGCAGGCAACUCUACUGCCAUUCAAGAAAUGUUCAAGAGGGUGGCGGAGUACUUCACUGCCAUGUUCCGCCGCAAGGCCUUCUUGCAUUGGUACACUGGUGAAGGUAUGGAUGAAAUGGAGUUCACUGAAGCAGAGUCCAACAUGAAUGAUUUGGUCUCUGAGUACCAGCAGUACCAGGAUGCUACUGCUGAAGAAGAGGGUGAAUUCGAUGAGGAAGAGGGGGAAUACGAUGGAUGAGCCAGACAUAAAAAAUGUACUUGGCAGAUUCCUCAUGGGAUAGCCCGUCUCGGCAAUCCUGCAGCCGACCGAGCAAGAA